UCUUUACUCAGUUGAGUUUAAACUCAGUCGAAGCAACUUGCGUCUCAGUGAGUGCCCAGUCGUCAGUUAGUAGUUACACAAUGGCGCGUACGGUUGGUGCUGCUUACACGUCAUUAUUAAUUUCGUAUUGUCUGUGUCGUCGUUGUUUCUAAGCGGAGAUCGGCUUAAGUCCUCUUUUGGACUUUAACUGUUCCCCGAUUUACGAAUAAUUCGUACAAUAUAAUAUAAUAUAAUUAAAUAUAUUAUAUUAAAUCGUUGAUAUUCAACCGCAUUUUAUUACGGUUUAAAUAUACAUAUAUAUAUAAAUUCAAUAAUAUAAAAAAUUAUUAGUAAUCAAUAUCCGCUGAAGAAAUUACGACUAGUUUUUUCAUCAUCGCCGGAUUAAUCCGGUCUGACAUUGACAAUUACGAAAAACGUUGUUAUCAAAAGUAUUAUUGUUACAUUGUUGUGACAAUAAUUAUAUGCAUAUAUUUACAUAUAUAUGUUUAUGGUAAAUUAAGGUGUACAACGACGACAAUAAAUAAACUAAGAAUAAAUCAGGGUAAUUUAGUGAAUCAUCAAGUUCAUAAAGUCAAAAUUUAAACACUCCGUCCAUGGUUAUGAACAAUUACUACUGAAAUAAACCCCACCUAUCUUAUAUAAUAAUUAAACAAAAAAAGUGAUAUAAUUAAUAAUAAUAAUAGUAACAAUAAUAAUUUAAUACUACAGUUACCUGAAGAUUUAAAAAAAAAUGAAAGCAAUGCUUCGGUAAAUAAUUAUAUAUGACCACACAAUCGAUAAUGAACACGUGGUUGUUAAGUUUUAUGUAAAGUGUACAAAUAAAAAUAAUUAACAUUCAUAAAUACAUAGGUAUAAUAAGUGAAUAUUGAUACACAACUGCUUAGUCGGUUAAUAAUAAAAAGAUAGAUAAAAACGUAGUUGUAAUAACGAAUCAACAAUUAAGAGAGAAUAAAAAAAAUAAACACCAGCAAAGUGUUCCAAUUUAACGAAGGUCAUCGUUGUUGUAAGCCAUUGCAACUGACUACUUGUCUGAGUGGUGUUUGAGUAAAUAGUAAUUGCGGUGGGACAUACACAAGAAAUAAUUGUUUGUUACUUUAUAAUACAACAGAGUAUAAUAUAGUGUACGCUAAGUAGAUUCGUUUGUUUCUAUUGCUGUUGUUUAUUGUUGGUUGUUGUGUGUGCCAGUGUGCCUAAAAAAAGGUAAGGAUAAAAAUCCGUGUGCUCGUGCAAUAUGAGAUUGGCCAAUCGUCAGCAUCCGCUGAAUUUAACAGUGACGCGUAUCAACAAUGGCAAGUUCCUGGUUAAUCCAAAUGGCCAUCAAGACGUCAGUCAACCGAAUUGUAAUGAUCAGGAGACAACACCACCAGUAUCACCAGUUGUAUUUCCCAGCUGUGAAUCUGUACCGACAACUCAGCAUGGUCCCACGAUACUUGGUGAUAGAUUUUUACUUGUUGGACCGGCUGAGGGCAGUGCUCUCUACCGAUGUGUUGAUGUCCAUACUGGUCAGCAACUUGUUGCCAAGCAACUCACAGCAAGCGAUAAAGGGGGCGAGGCACUUUUACAGGCUCACAUGAGACUAGAAGGAACAGGAGCUGCUAGUGGUGUUGCUGGAAUAGUCGAUGCAUCUCGUGAUAAAAAAUAUUUACUACUGGAGGGUCACCAUGGUGAUCUUCAUGCGUAUGUGAGGGCAAGACGGCGACUACGAGAGCCUGAGGCGAGACGGCUUUUUAGGCAAGCCGCCAAGGCUGUUGCUACGUGCCACGAUAAUGGUGUCGUGCUCAGGGAUCUCAAACUCAGGAAAUUCGUCUUUGCGGAUGAAGCGAGGACCCGUUUACGGUUGGAAAGUCUCGAGGAUGCAGUAAUAGUUGAUGAGGAUGAUGACAAAUUAACAGAUCGACGUGGAUGUCCUGCUUAUGUUGCACCAGAAGUUUUACGUUCGGGACGAGCUUACUCUGGUAAAGCUGCGGAUAUUUGGUCACUCGGUGUAUUACUUUACACAAUGCUAGUUGGCCGUUAUCCAUUUAAUGACGCCGAGCAUGCAUCGCUAUUUGCUAAAAUAUCAAGAGGACAAUUCAAUGUACCAGAUGUACUUAGUGCACGUGCACGGUGUUUAAUCAGAGCUUUAUUAAGGCGAGAUCCUUCAGAAAGACCAGACGCACCGGAUUUACUGAGGCAUCCGUGGUUAUCUAAACCGCUGUUAAGUCCCUCGCAUAUCACCGGUAAAAUGUCUAACCACGAUCAGCUCGUUCCUGACAAUCAGACCAAUCGUUCUCAAGACUGAUUUCGUGAAUAUUUUAUUCCAAUAAUUGCGUACAUAUUACAAUAAUUAUUAAUAAUUAUUGUGUUUUUAUUUCUCCUGUUGGUAUAUUUGUUGAUUAUUUUUUCGUUUUCUUUCUUUUAUAAUUUAAUUAUUAUUAUUUUUUUUUUUCGUUAAAUCCUGAACAAAAUGGUUAUUAUUUUAUCAUAGAUAAAUUAUUUGUGUGUAUGCUUUUUACUUUUUAAAAUAACAUUCGUAAUUGAAGUCGUGCAUUCACACCUGAUCGUACUGUCAACCCAUUGUUCAGUUAUUUAUUUAUUAUUAUUAUUAUUAUUAUUAUUAUUAUUAUUUUUUUUUUUUAAUUGUUUGAAUUACUGAACGCAAGUCCAUUCUUCCGUACCUUCGGGUAAAUAUGCCAGAGCGUGUUCCAGAUCAGCAGAGUCUGUGUAAACACAUCGUGAUUGCAGAAAAAAAACUGAAAGAUUAGAUACUUUUAAUGAGAUAAUAAAAAUAAAUAAUUGCUUAAGGGCUCACAAGUGAUAAAAUCAAAUUUUAAAUAUAAUAUUAAAUAAAUAUUCAUUCAUUUCAUGCCAUAAAUUAUUUAAAAUCAAUGUCUAUAUAUUAAUUAAUAUUUGAAUGAUAUAUCAAUUAUUUUGAGAAAGGAGUUUUUAAAAAUGGAAAAUAUUUUUCAUAAACUUUAGACAUAAAUCAUAUAUUUUUUUUUUUUACUCGUAGAACCCUUAAAUAAUUUUUAUUUAAGAUAUUUAAAAACAAGUGUAUGACGUCUUCGUUGAGUUCUAUAACUGUAAAAAAACAUCCUUUUAAUAAUUACUGUUAUUAUAAUUAAUAUUAUAUUUUUUACUCCUUAUUACUGGAGUAUACGGCUGAAUAUUAUUAUAAUAAUGCUUUUGUCAAUGACGAGAUAAAUGUGUAUGAUAUAAAUAUUAUAAGUUCAUUUAAUUAAGUUUUAUGUCUUAAAGUUAUAGAGCGAUAAAACAAGUGAUGUAAAUAAGUAGAUAGUAAAGAAAUGGACGUAUGUGAAACAUUAAAAAAAAACAAAUAUAUGAAUAUAUAUAGAAUA